CGUAUGAUUUGAGUACUACAGAACAUGCCAAACCGCGUUCUCUUGACAGGUCUAACAAAAUACUCUUUUGUGGUGAGUAUCAUCUUUUUAAUAGUUGCGGCUUAAAACUGUUGUUAGUCCAUGCAGACAUUUGCAUAAGUGCAGUCGCACGCAUAAACAGACACACAUCGAGUCUGUUGUGGCGACACUAAGGGGUCUAUGCAAGAAGUGUAUACAAAACUCUACUAGACAAGUCCUGUUUUUUCCUGUGUAAUCCCUCAGUCAUUCAGUCGUCCUCCUCACAGACAUCAUGGACUCGGGGCAGCAGACUAGACUGGGUGCACACCAAAUCCUCCACCACCCUAGUGCUGAAUACUUCUCUUGGGAGGACCGUCUCCAGCUCAUUGGGGCGGGCUUUGGAUUCUACACCGCAGUGUUUCUCCUCAGCCAUAUCCUCUCACUGGGACUGUCCCAUACCUAUAACUCUUUGCUGGCCAAGGAAAAGGUGUUUUGGAACCUGGCUGUUACGCGGGGCGUGUUUGGCCUACAGAGUAUUGUAGCAGGACUGAGAACCCUGACUGAGAACUCCAUGUUAUCCAAGGACAGAGUGAGUGGCCAAGAGGACUGGUCAUGGUUCCACGUACUUACGGCUACAGGGUUUUUUAUCUUUGAAAAUUUAGCCCUUCACACUUCUAGCCUGGUAUUCUGGUCAUUUGACAUGCCACUGGCCACGCAUCAUUUCUUUGCCCUAACAGGGUAUGCGGGGGCAGUGGUGUGGCAUUCAACUGGACACUUCCUGCCGAUGCUGACUCUACUGAUGGAGAUGAGCACCCCGUUUACCUGCAUAUCAUGGAUACUACUCAAGAGUGGUUAUGCCCACACCUUUUUUUGGAAAGCCAACCAGUGGGUGAUGAUCCACAUGUUUCACUGCCGCAUGGUGCUUAGUUACUACAUUGGGUACUUCAGCUGUACGCACUGGAGUGAAAUCAAUGAACACGUGUCCCUGCCACAGCGCCUGCUCUUCUUUCCUGGUUUAGUCCUGCUCACAUUUGUGCUGAAUCCCAUCUGGACACACAAGAAAACCAUGCAGCUUCUUAACCCUGUUGACUGGAACUUUGGGAACAAACCAGUGCCUGUAAAUGGCCCGAAGAAGGGUAAAUUUCACUAAUUCUAAAUGGUCUAAAUUACAUCCAUUACAAAGUGUUAACCAUUACUGAGUCACGCAAACAAAAAGUAUUUAAAAUGCAAUUGUCCCUAAAAAGUGACUUUCUGAUUGAAUAACCACAUUGUACUUACGAUUCUGAUUUUGCAGGUUUACAUAAUUUCAAUUGUAUUUUUGAUCAUGCUGUCUUUACACAUGAUCUAAAACUGAAUGGUGUACUGAUGUCUAGUAAAUAAUGGUCUUUUUAUCAAUUGAAUUAUUUUAAGUUUUACAUGCAAAUGAAGGGGUGUCUUUUAAUCUCACACAGGCAUGCAGCAUUUUCUUUUAUUAUUAUAAUUUUUAACAGAUUAAGAGGUUCCAAGAUUUCAACUUUUUGUUUUGCUGUUUAAAUUAUUAUAGAAUGUGUCUUCUCAUAAUAUUCUAUUGCACUGUAUUUGAGUGGAUUUUAUGAUGUUUGGCAGAAUAUAACUUAAUAAAUUCAUCUACAGUUU